CAAACAUCUGUACUCUUCCUGAACUUUCAAAACUCCAUCUCAACUCCCUUCCAUUUCCGAAUUCUCUAUCAAAAGGCAGAAAACAACCUACACUCUCUCACUCACACAUUUCUCCUUCUGCCAGUUUACACACACUCACACACUGAAAUAAAAGAACCAAGGUCAGAAUAUAGGCAUGGCGGAAACAGAGACGUUCGCAUUUCAAGCGGAGAUUAACCAGCUGCUGAGUCUCAUCAUCAAUACUUUUUACAGUAACAAAGAGAUCUUCCUUCGUGAGCUCAUCAGCAAUGCUUCCGAUGCUUUGGAUAAGAUUCGAUUUGAGAGCUUGACGGACAAGAGCAAACUAGAUUCACAGCCGGAGCUCUUUAUUCGGAUUGUACCGGAUAAAGUUAACAAAACUCUGUCCAUUAUAGACAGCGGAGUUGGAAUGACCAAAUCAGAGUUGGUGAACAAUUUGGGGACAAUUGCGAGGUCUGGGACAAAGGAGUUCAUGGAGGCAUUGCAGGCUGGGGUUGAUGUUAGCAUGAUUGGACAGUUCGGCGUAGGUUUUUACUCAGCCUACCUUGUUGCUGAAAAGGUCGUCGUCACUACCAAACAUAAUGAUGAUGAACAGUAUGUUUGGGAAUCGCAAGCUGGUGGAUCUUUCACUGUGUCCAGGGAUACUAAUGGAGAACCACUGGGUAGGGGUACCAAAGUCACUCUCUACCUCAAGGAUGAUCAGUUGGAAUACCUGGAGGAGAAGAGGAUCAAAGAACUUGUUAGAAAGCAUUCUGAAUUUAUUAGCUAUCCAAUAUAUCUGUUGGUUGAGAAGACCACUGAGAAAGAAGUCAGUGAUGAUGAAGAUGAUGACACCAUGAAGGAAGAGGAGGGAAAAGUUGAAGAUGUUGACAAUGAGAGAGACGAAGAAGAAAGGAAGAAAACAAAGAAGAUUAAGCAGGUGACACAUGAGUGGGAGGUCAUUAACAAGCAGAAACCUAUAUGGCUUCGCCAGCCUGAAGAAAUCACGAAGGAGGAGUAUGCUGCGUUCUAUAAGAGUCUAACAAAUGAUUGGGAAGAUCACCUAGCGGUGAAGCACUUCUCUGUGGAAGGGCAAUUAGAGUUCAAAGCUAUACUCUUUGUCCCUAGGAGGGCUCCCUUUGAUCUCUUUGAUACGAGGAAAAAGCCGAACAACAUUAAGCUUUAUGUGAGGAGGGUCUUCAUCAUGGACAAUUGUGAGGAGUUGAUUCCUGAAUACCUUGGAUUUAUCAAAGGCGUAGUUGAUUCGGAUGACCUCCCACUAAAUAUAUCCCGUGAGACUCUUCAACAGAACAAAAUCUUGAAGGUUAUUCGGAAGAAUCUUGUUAAGAAGUGUAUUGAGAUGUUCUUUGAAAUUGCUGAGAACAAAGAGGACUACAGUAAAUUUUAUGAUGCCUUCUCUAAGAACCUCAAGCUAGGUGUCCAUGAAGACGCCCAAAACAGGGCAAAGCUAGCAGAUCUUCUGAGGUACUACUCUACAAAGAGUGGCGACGAGAUGACCAGUCUGAAGGACUAUGUGACAAGGAUGAAGGAGGGGCAACAGGAUAUAUACUAUAUCACUGGUGAGAGCAAGAAAGCUGUUGAGAACUCUCCUUUCCUGGAAAAGCUUAAGAGGAAAGGAUACGAAGUGCUUUUUAUGGUUGAUGCGAUUGAUGAAUACGUGGUUUCACAAUUAAGGGAAUACGAUGGGAAGAAGCUCAUUUCUGCAACAAAGGAAGGGCUGAAGCUCGAAGAGUCAGAGGAAGAGAAAGCUGCAAAGGAAGAAAAGAAGAAGUCCUUUGAGAACCUGUGUAAAGUAAUGAAGGACAUUCUUGGGGAUAAGGUUGAGAAAGUUGUCGUAUCUGAUAGGAUUGUCGAUUCUCCCUGUGUUUUAGUAACCGGUGAGUAUGGCUGGACCGCUAACAUGGAAAGGAUCAUGAAGGCGCAGGCGUUAAGGGAUACCAGCAUGAGUAAUUACAUGUCGAGCAAGAAGACAAUGGAGAUCAAUCCAGAUAAUGGCAUCAUGGAGGAACUCAGGAAGAGGGCGGAUAGAGAUUCAAAUGACAAAUCAGUGAAAGACCUGGUGUUGCUCCUUUACGAGACAGCUCUAUUGACAUCUGGUUUUAGCCUUGACGAUCCAAACCAAUUCGGGGGAAGAAUUCAUAGAAUGUUGAAGCUAGGCCUUAACAUUGAAGAUGGCACCGGAGAGAAUGAAGACACUGGGAUGAGUGCAUUGGAGGAAACCAAUGAAGAGAGCAAAAUGGAGGAGGUUGACUGAAAAGAGAAAAUUCCCGAGGCGCUACUAGUAAAAAUAGCAGAAUAUGACUAAUAAAACAUCAGUACUGAUGGUUAAUGUUGCUGCUAGAAGUAUCAUUGUAAAUUUUUGAAGGAAAGGUGUGUGUUUGUAGUUUUGAUGGUCAAAGUUUUCGCUUUGCUAGUAGAUAUUGAACUCUGUCCCAAGCUGAGUUUUAUGUUGGCCAGGUGCAUACUUUAAACAUCCUGGUAUUGAAACAUAACUUAGGCCUUGGCAAGUGUUCCGUCCAGUCCUAAUCAGAGGUAGAAAUUUGAACUAAUUUGCUA